AUGCCCACCACCACGUUCAACUUCCGACCCACCACGAGCAACCUCACGUCUGCAUCGUCGCCGCCCUCAACCUCCAACCUCCAACCUCCAACCUCCAACCUCCAACCUCCAACCUUGGACCUCCGACACCAGCGCCCGCCCGAAACCAUGAAGGUCAUCCUCCACUCUCACUUCCCAGCCGGCCACACCUACCCCAUGCAAGCCGUCGCCCAGGCUCUCGUCUCCCACGGCCACACCGUCCUCUGGCUAACCAGCUCAGACAACGACGCCCGCGUUCUCGCGACCGGCGCCCACUUCGCACCAACCACCGCCACCGCCGUCCUCGACUCCCCUCUCGUCAAAGCCCACAAGACGGGCCUCUUCGACUUAGCCGAGGGCCGCCUCAACCGCCGUCUCCUCGCGCAGGUAGCAGAUUACCGCGCCGCCCUGGCCGUCUUGGACGCAGACGUGCUGCUGGUCGAUGUCCUCCCCCACGGAGCCCGGGCGCUCCACGACCUCGGCGAGAUACCCGUCUACGCAACGCUGGGCGUGAUCCCCCUCUACACAUCGAGACUGGAUGCGCCCUUGGCAGCUUCCGGCGCCGCGCCGCCGGCUUCGUGGGCCGGCCGCCUCCUCAACGCGGCGAGACAAGUCGUCGCCCGCUGCCUGGAAACGCCCUUGUUCCUGCGCCCUGCCAUGAGCCGGCAGAGGAGGGCGCUUGGGCUGCGCAGUCUUCCCCUCGGCGAGCCCAUGGAGGCGUCGACAUACAGCCCGCAUCUACACAUCCAGGCCUCAUGUCCAAGGCUCGAGUUCAACCAGCUGCCAGGCACACCUCGUCACCGGAAACACACCGUCUUCGUGGGACCGCUCGUCGCCCAGGCAAGCCAUGACCUGUCCAAGCUGCCGCCUUGGUGGCCCGACUUGCCCAGCCAAACGAAGACGGUCGUCGGCAUCACGCAGGGAACCCUGGCCACGGACCCGACUUCACUUAUAAUCCCGUCCAUCAGUGCGCUCCAAGACGACCCUGACCUCGUCCUCGUCGUGGUUUCGCCUCACGGGCCGGAAAUUCAGUCAAGCACGAGACGCACCGGCAACGUCUACCACGCGGCGUGGCUGCCGUAUCAUCUGCUCCUCCCCCGGCUGGCGCUGCUCAUCACCAACGGUGGGUACGGCAGUAUUAAGCAGGCGCUGUCUCACGGGGUGCCGCUGCUGUGUGCCGGCCAGUCCGAGGACAAAAGGGACACCGGGGCGAGAGUGGCGUAUUCGAGGCUCGGCAUUGACCUCAAGACCGACAGCCCCGACGUGGCGAGUGUGAGGCGGGCUGCGUAUGCUAUACUGGGCGACGACGGCUACAGAGCCCGGGCAAGGGAGAUGGGGGAUGAACUCAACAGGCUUGGGGGCGCGGGUGCGGCAGUCGAGGCGCUGGAAGAGCUGGUUCGAAAUACUGUGCCGUGA